GCGCUUAUAUUCCAUGAGGGCUGUGUAAGUAAAUUCGUAUUAAUCAAAGAAGAGCCCAUACUGUGUUAGUGGUGAUGCCUCUCUCAGCGUCAAUCCCCACCCCUUGCCUACUAUCCCAUCAUGAGCGACACAGAAGACGCUACCACUGUAGUCAGCAGCGAUGCUUCUUUCAGUGGAAGAGUACUCGAAGUCAAUGGUACAACCAUUGAUGAUGCUAUUUCCUGGAAAAGGACCGCAGAUAUCCAUAAACAUGGGUGCAUGCGCAUAGCGCAGCGUAUCCCAUCAUUGGCCUCACGCUGGAAAACAUCUCUCGGGUUGCUGAAGCCUGGAGAUCCAGAUGAGGGAUACCGCAUUACACUUGCUGAUGUGCAUCGGAUGUAUCUUCGAAAACUGCAACGAAAGCUCGUGUGGUUGGCAAUGAACCACCAGUUCGAUGCAGACCAUGGAGUCCGCACGAUGGACCAGUGGCGCCCGGCCAUUCGAGAAUUUAUUGAUGCUGUCAAAGACCAUGAGUACAUGGUCAGCUUUGUUGGUCGAAAAGACGACCCGUUUAUUGUCUCGAGCGAGCGGUACCACGAUCACAGCACCAUGGUGGACUUGCUGAAUGACAAGGGCAAGUUUUCAUCUGAUCUAAAAGGCUGCACUACCAUACAUGGUCACUGGGAAAAUGUCAAAGAUGCAGAUUGCGCCAAGCCCAUUCUUAAUACACGGGGCUCUAGCUACAGCAAAGCGCACUGGUCUCGUAUCGUGGGCGUUCUUGUCGCCGGUGCAUUUCUCGUUGGCCCAAUGUGGCUUCUUGUGCUACAGAGAGACGUCUUUGUCCACCUCGGUGUCACAACAUUUUGCGUCAUGGCGUUUGCAUUUGUCAUGGUGUGGUGGGCCACGGCUAUUGAAACGGUGCUCGCAGCUACCUUUGCGUAUGCUGCCGUGCUUAUGGUGUUUGUUGGCGUCAUGAUGCAGGAGCUUCACUAGAUAGAUG